CAGAAGGAGUCUUGCCGAUUACCUAAUAUUGCAUAAAAGUCGCCGCCGGGAGGAGGGGCAGCACAGUCGUCUCACCGACACUAAAGCACACAGACCUCCCAGCAGAGCAGUCCAACCACCCACCGCAUACCCAUACCAUGGACAACUACAACCACAAGAAAUUUACAGGAGCCCUGAAGCGCAAGCGUUGCCAGGAAGAGGAGUCCGACGACGAUGUGGUCUUCAUAAUGGAGCAGAGCGGCCAUCGCACACCCGAACAGCCGCAGCCCAAGCGGCGCCUCUUCCGGCCCUGGCUGGACGAGUCCGUGACUCAGGAACAGGAACCCCAGCAGACACGGUCCCGCCAAUCGAAUCCCGGCAGCCCGGCUAGCCCUCCCCUGGUGGAUGCCAGCUCGACGUACCACGCCAAUAUGGUCCGCUCUCACACUCCCCGUCAGCGCAGUCCGCAGGAGCAGCUGCGUCGGGACCGCAACACCUUGGCCAGCCUUCGCCACAGACGCUCCAAGCAGCAGGAACAGGCCCUCAUGGAGCAGCAGUACUUGGAGUAUCGGCGACAGCACGAGGCCAACUUGCAGCAACAGGUCCGGCUGAGCCUCUACUACGUGCGGUUUCUGCAGCAGACCAUGGCCGCCACCAGAGAGCCUCUGCACGCUGCCAGCCAUCAGCAGAUGCCCAAAGCUCAGACAACGACCCAACAUUCUUGGGGAGUCUAUAACUAAUUUGAAUUCUAGUCCUAGUCGUAGUCCUAUACUUUUAAACUCUUUUUAGUGACCUUGUGAUGACUUUU